CAGCCCCAUCAUAAAGUGAAAAAUCCAACACAAGCAGGGGGGAAAAAGAAGAGGAGAAAGACGAGUCCUUUUUAUCUGAUGAGCAAGCACAGCAGCUCCUGCCUGUGUCUGUCUGUCUGUCCGUCUGUCUGUUUUCCAGCUCGCUGAGCCCCCAUCAUGUUCUUCUCUCCCCCGGCAAUCAUUGGCUUGGCUCCCCUCGGUCCGUCCCCAUUUUCAAUCCCACCGGUUUCACUAUUCAAUUCCUUUGUUUUUGUUGCUCGCUUUGAUCGAACGGCCAUGCAUUGCGGCAAAGAUAGAUUCAUGAAUGUAGGUGAAAGGGAAGAAUCGAAGAACUAAUAAGAAACAAAAGGGGGGAAAUCUGCUGCGUCGGCGCAGUGUCGCUAUCCCAACGAAUUGUCGCCUCUGGUUCAAUCAUUGGGAGAUCCAUCCAGUUCGAGUUCUGGGGUUACACAAGCUCACACUCAAGGAUGCAGCGCAAAGGCGCCGGAUAAAGCUGGGGAUUUUCUUGGCUGUUUUGUUUUCACCUGCAACGGCCGCGCCAAGCCCGCGUUUUUUAGCAUCCUCCGCUCCGCUUUCCGCUGAUGCCUACAGCUCAACCCGGCCAGUUUGUAUAUAUACAGGCAUGUUUGUUUGCUGCUGGUUUACAAUUCCAAUCCACCCCACCGGUGAGUGUAUUCUUCUUCACUUUUCUUGUGGGCGCUCCCCUGCCCCCAUUCCUCCCUCCCCAAAACCUCCCAGCUCAUCUCGCCCACAAUCACAUGCCAGUACAGCGAUAGACCCACCUGAGGAGAGUAGGAGGAGGACGCAGAGGAGGAAGAAGACGAGCAGAGUCAAGAAUCGGUGGGAACAAGUUUUGCUGUCUGCAGAAUGGAUUCAGCAUUUGAUGCUACUGCUGCGCUUGGACGGAAAUGAUGCCAGGAGGCCUGGGCAAUCUGCAGGUUUUAAAUCUGCAGACUUCAUCGCUGUGGCUACAAAGAUUAUUGCCAUAUCCUGAGAGAAGAUAUCCCGUACUAGAUGUCAAGAUUUCUUGCAGCAGCUCUAGGAGGUGCUGUAGGAGGCUUGAUAGUACUAGGUAUUGUCAUAGUUGCAAUUGUACUUUGCCUGCGGCAUCGCAGAAGAACUUCAGACUCUUCAGAAAGUAGUUCAUCAGGUCAAGCUCUACCAGAGUCACAGGGAGCAAGAUGUCUGACUUUGGAGGAACUAAAUUUGGCUACAAGGAAUUUCAGCAAUGCGAAUUUUAUUGGACACGGAAUGUUUGGAGAGGUAUACAAGGGUUUACUCCAGGAUGGCACAAUUGUAGCUGUUAAAAGACGGCAUUCUCCUCCUAGCCAGGAAUUCGUUCAGGAGGUUAAUUACCUAUCAUCUCUCCAGCAUCGGAACCUUGUAAAACUUUUGGGGUACUGCCAGGAGAAUGGCAUGCAGAUGCUUGUUUAUGAAUAUAUCCCCAAUGGCAGCGUCUCAACACAUUUGCAUGGUAACAGCCAUGCUCCAGGUGUAAGGCUAGAAUUCAAGCAUAGACUUUCUAUUGCUCAUGGAACUGCUAAAGGCCUGAGCCACCUGCAUUCUCUGACCCCCCCUGCAAUCCAUAUGAACUUCAAAACUUCUAAUGUACUAGUGGAUGAGGAUUUCGUACCAAAAGUUGCGGAUACUGGGAUUCCAGGCUUGCUUGAUCGACUCGGUGUUACAGGACUGUCUUCCAGAACACCUAAUGAUCCUUUUGUUGAUCCUCGAAUGAGGGAAUCCAUGAACUUGAACUUUUCCAUACAAAGCGAUGUCUACAGUUUUGGUGUGUUUCUUGUGGAGUUGGUUAGCGGACGGAGAGCUGUGUCUGAUCAACGCAUCAUUCAAUGGGUGCAGAACUUCCAGGAAUCAAGUGAUAUCUCUGCAAUUGCAGACAACAGAAUGACCAGUGGUUUCACCUCAGAAAGCAUGAAAGAAUUGCUGCGCUUGACGUCAUGGUGCGUGAGCCCAAUGAGCGAGCAGCGUCCAUCGAUGAGCUUGGUGGAGGCUGAAAUACACCGGAUUCACGAGCAGGAGAUCAGCUUGACGACAGUCAUGACAGGACAUUCCCCAACCGUGACUCUUGGCAGUCAGCUCUUCAGAACAUCAAGGUGAAGAACGGAAUGCCUAGCAUCUUGUAGCAAAACUGGUUCUUUCAUCAGGGCAGUAGAUUAGCCUUGUUCUCUUCCAAAAGAUUUCUCAUCUUCAUAGCGAAUCUCGAGUAAGCUGCAUCCCAAGUGUACAAAAAAGGAACAGCUGCGAGGCUUACCCUUCCUUUUGGAUUUUCUUACCCUAGUAUUUUUUUUGGAAAAAUCCGGUUUACACCCUCAAACUAUCAUAAAAGUCUGAUUUUCAAUCUUCAACUACAAAACCGGGUAACAUAAGCCAUCUAACUAUCGAAACCGUGCAAAUUUGGCUAUUUGGGUGGUUUCAAAUGUGGUUUUGUAUUUUUUUUAAAGUUAAAAAAUUCUAAUUAGAUCUAAAAAUCAAAACUAAUUCAUUGUAAAUCAUAAAAAUAUGAAACUAGUAUCAAAUUUUUUUCUAAAAUGUCACUUAUCUAUUAUUUCUCUAUUUGAAUCUUAUUUAUUAAAAAAUAAUAGUCAUAACUACAAGCAACUAAAUAUUAUGAAUAUAAAAAAAUUGGAUUCGAAUAACUGAAAAGUAGAGUGUCAAUAGUUAGGUUAUAUUUUUUAAAAAAUAUUGAUACCCAUUUCCUAUUUUUUGAUUUAAAAUGAAUUACUUAUGAAUUUUUUAGUUUAAAUUUGAAUAUUUUUAAUUUUUAUAAAAUAAAAAUCCACCUCUGAAACCACCCGAAGGGCCAAAUUUGCCCAGUUUCGACUGUGGAUGGCCUAUGUUAUCCAGUUUCAUAGUUGAAGGUUGAAAAUCGGACUUUUAUGAUAGAUCAAGGGUGCAAACCGGACUUUUCCUUUUUUUUCUUCCUUUUUUUCUGAAAAGAUUUUAAGGAAGAAUGACUUUUCCUGUUUGUUGGAUACUCCUAUAAAAAGAUUGUGUGGGUGGUGGCAAA